UGAUCUAAAGUCAAGGUGUUGCAGCACCUCAGCCAUCGAGGACCAAUGACCGCAGGUAUCACACCCACAAUCCUCUUCUGGAAGCAGUCUGGACCUACACAACCCAUCCACCAGUCAACAUUUAUUUCACCUUCUACUAGAGAUACUCGUACGUACCUUCUUCUCAGAGCAGUUAAACCAUGACAUUUAAAUCAUCUUAAGUAUGCGGGACAGUUUCAGUGCACUCACAAAAGAUUCAUCAUGACAACCAAUCAAGAAAUGAUUACAGUGGAUCAGAACGUAUUCCUGAUUUUCCAUGAGGAUUACAUCCCAAAACUUUUUGGGAACAUCUGCUACCCUCACGAUGACGGGAUGUCCAGAGAGAUAACCGAUUUACAUGCGAGCACCAACAAUAAUGUGUCCAGCAACUUCAAAAACGCCACGGCCUACUGGCUCAGCAGUUCAGUGAAAGAAUGUGAGGAUGUCAGUUGUACUGAACGUCUUCGGGACUCUGGUCAAACCUGCUCAGGUCCAACAUCGGGGAGUGACAGGAACAUAAAGAAGAGGAAAAGUGUGUUGUUUGAUGAAGCCGUCACAGUCUACGUGUUUGAUCAGGAGAGUCCUACGUUGGAGCUCCACUCAGAGCCACACACAUCUUUGUCAAGCAACCGUUCUUACAACCUGCCGGAUGUCGCAUUUGAAGAUAGCGGCUUGGAAUGGGAGGACGACUUCUCUGCCUUAGAGAAGAGCCGUCAUUACCAACAUGUGAAACAAUCCGUGUCUCAAAACUGCAGCCGUGCUCCAACACGCCACAGCUGGACUGCUCGCUCCAGACCAGACCGUUUUGUUUCGUCCCAAACCUGCCUGUUCCUCACUCAUGUUGCGCCUUCAGACCUUGAGCCGUGAGGUUGCAACAAAGUC